AUGAAUCUAUUACGGAGCGUAACUUUCUGCGGACUGACUGCCGGUUUGACGUCGCUCGUGGCGACGACGACGACGGUGUAUCCUCACGUGCCGCUUGUGAUGUGGUCAAUCCGCCCAACUUUUACUGGAUCGAACGCCUAUUUAAGCUCCGAAUUAGACGAGUCGAAAGUCGCAUCAAUUCUAAAGGCCGUGGUACUUCACGAUGCAACAACCAGUGACAGCGAGGGCGUGCUGAGCACUGAGGCGUCUUCGACGCUGCACUCGGAAGUCCUGUGCUUGUACCUCGUGCCGACGCUGUCACUGGAACACGCGGCUCAACUCUCAACAGGCACAAACGCCUAUGUGCAGAAUGCCGUCCAGAGCUCCACGUCGUCGGUAGUGAUCCCGCAGACGACGCGCACGAAGCCUCUCCUGCCUGAGCUCGAGCCUGUUCAGCCACACGUUGUGGAGUUUACGGAGCUCGACGCUUUUCUUGCCUCUGCUGCAGGCCAGACGCUCGUUUCUAAUGGCAAGCCGGAUCUGCUCGUUGUGCAGUUUCCAGCUGGGAUGUCUCUGUCGGACGUGGACAACGCUAUCAAGAUAGCGUCGGAAGCACUUCUGGCAGCCUCGAACGGCAUGACAGACUUUGCCAUCACUGGUAACGAUGUCGCAAUGGUGGAGCUUGAGGACUUGAUGACCCGACGGCUCUCUGCUCAAGCCAAGACCAAGACGACGAGCGAUGACACGGUGGCCGCCAUCGUCUGUGAAGCGAAUUACCUCGUCGGUUACAGCGCAGCAGGUAAAGCCUUUUGCUUUUCACACUACGUCAACAUCACGCCCGACAUCAUGGCUGGUCUCCUCUUCGGAUUCCUCUUCAUAUUCAUGGCAUACAUUGGCCUAAGUGUACUGCACCAGAUCCAGACGCCGCAGCGAUUUCCAUCGCAAGGAGCGCCCCGUGGCAAGGAGUUCUAA